CCAGCAGAGGCACUUCAUCACCGACGCUCCCAUCCACCUGUCCCUCCCUCCCUGCGGCCGUGGAAAUAUUUUUAACACUCAACUACAAAGAAAACAAAGAUGGCAAGCAGCUUCUCACGAAUCCUUUCCUCCAAACGACACGUCGGGAUCCUGUCGUUCGUGGGAGGCUCCGUCACGGCUGGACUUCUGCUGCACCGGGAACAUGUCAGCGCCGGGGCGCCCGUCCGCAGGAGUUACCCCGCCAGUGCGGAGUACCCUGACCUGCGCAAACACAACAACUGCAUGGCCACUAACCUGACACCUGCAAUCUAUGCCAAGUUGUGUGAUAAGGCCACUCCCAGUGGUUACACACUGGACCAGGCCAUCCAGACGGGUGUGGACAACCCUGGACACCCCUUCAUCAAGACUGUUGGCAUGGUGGCAGGAGAUGAGGAGUCUUAUGAGGUAUUUGCAGAUCUGUUGGACCCUGUCAUCAAAGAGAGGCACAAUGGCUAUGACCCCCGCAACAUGAAGCACCCCACGGAUCUGGAUGCUAGCAAGAUCCAGUCGGGCCAAUUCGAUGAGCGUUACGUGCUGUCUUCCAGGGUGAGGACGGGCCGCAGUAUCCGGGGGCUGAGCCUACCUCCUGCCUGCACCCGUGCAGAGCGCAGGGAGGUGGAGAGGGUGGUGGUGGAUGCCCUCGCUGGCCUGAAGGGUGACCUGACUGGGAGGUACUACAGUCUCACCCAGAUGACAGAUAAGGAGCAGCAGCAACUCAUUGAUGACCACUUCCUGUUUGACAAGCCUGUGUCCCCCCUCCUGACGUGUGCCGGCAUGGCUCGUGACUGGCCAGAUGCCCGUGGUAUUUGGCACAACAAUGAGAAGACAUUCCUUAUUUGGGUCAAUGAGGAGGAUCACACCAGGGUCAUCUCCAUGGAGAAAGGAGGCAACAUGAGACGAGUCUUUGAGAGGUUUUGCAGAGGCCUCAAAGAGGUGGAGCGCCUCAUCCAGGAGAGAGGCUGGGAGUUCAUGUGGAAUGAGAGGCUUGGUUACAUCCUCACCUGUCCCUCCAACCUGGGCACAGGACUCAGGGCCGGAGUCCACGUCAAACUGCCUCUGCUGGGCAAGGAUCCCCGCUUCAGUAAGAUCCUGGACAACCUGCGUCUGCAGAAGCGAGGGACAGGUGGUGUGGACACCGCUGCUGUAGGUGGUGUGUUCGAUAUCUCCAACCUGGACCGCCUGGGACAGUCUGAGGUCCAGCUGGUGCAGACAGUGAUUGAUGGCGUCAGCUACCUAAUCGAGUGUGAGAAGAGACUUGAGCGAGGCCAGGACAUCAAGGUGCCCCCACCCCUUAAGCAGUUCAAGUAGACACUGAUCCCUCAUCUUCCUACACUACCCCUGGGCACAAACACAUGCACAAACACCCCGCUCUGUGCCCAUAGAUAUUACAAAUAUCUAUGUCAUUGCCUCAUUUACUACUACCACUUAUCUAAUCACCCCUCCCUGCCCCACACUAUACCCCUCUAUAAUAUAAUCUAAAUAUAUUAUAUGUAGUUAUCUGGCUAAACCCAGUCUAAGUCCCAGAAUACUGCUUUGGGCAAUUUCAUUAAUUCAAACCUUGCUCUAAGCUCAAAUUCAAACACUUCUUAAUAAGGAUGCACAAAUCGUGGGGCUGUUGUAGUGGAGUAAAGAUGCACAUCUUUGCAUGACCAAACAGUAUCUAUGGCUCUACUCCCAAACCACACCUCAGCCCAGCAAACCCAGCUUUACCCUGCCUCAGUCCUCUCUUGCCGCAUGUCCUUUCUUCUUCCCCCAUUCCCGUGUGUUGAUUGGUCAUGCCUAUUAUCUGGUGCUUGUGUAGGCCAUCCAUUUGUGCUUUACUCGCCAUUGUGGAUUGUGUGUACAUAGUUUCUUUUCACCAUUUCGAGUGGAUUUGAAUGUAGAUUAUCAGUUUCAGACUGAAGAGACUUAUGUUCUCCAGAUGAUUUGUAUGUUUCAUGACACACUUGUGUCAAAUGAUUGCGUUAUAACACACACUGGCCGGGUUGGGCUCUGUACUGUAAGCUACUGAAGCAAUAUCAUUCGAGCUCAUAGCUGAAUGUCACACUGUCAUGUCUUUUAUUAAAGAAAUCAUCUAUUUAACAGUA